CCUAUAAAGCGCCCCCGCCAGCGGAGCAGCGGGGCUGAGGCGCGCGCGCCGCGUCCCGGGGAGACCCAGCAGCGCAGCCGCUCGCGCUCCGGCCGCCCGCUCCGAGCCGGGGAGAUGGAGCCGGCAGCCGCUGGGAAAGGCUCGUCCGCGGCUGGCCAAGCGGCCGGCGGGGCGCAGGAGGCCGGGACGCCGCAGCGCUGGGAGGAAGCCAAGACUUUCUAUGACAGCCUGACCCCUAAAAAGAAACCCAAACCACCAAAGCCUGAGAACGCAAUAACAAUCGCAGUGUCCUCACGGGCUCUCUUCCGCAUGGAGGAAGAGCAGAAGAUUUACACAGAGCAAGGGGUGGAGGCAUAUGUGAAAUACCAGCUGGACCAUGAGAAUGAACCCUUCCUACCCGGCGCUGCCUUCCCAUUUGUCAAGGCCCUUGAAGCUGUCAACACUCAGUUGCGAGAGCUCUACCCCGACAGCGAAGAACUCUUUGAUAUUGUCCUCAUGACCAAUAACCACGCCCAGGUUGGAGUCCGCCUGAUCAACAGCAUCAAUCAUCACAAUCUGUUCAUCGAGAGGUUCUGCAUGACGGGAGGGAACAGCCCCACUUGCUACCUGAAGGCCUAUCACACCAACCUGUACCUCUCCUCUGACGCCGAGAAAGUGAGUGAGGCCAUUGAAGAGGGAAUCGCCGCGGCCACCGUGUUCAGCCCCAGCAAAGACGUGAAAGUGUCGGAGAACCAGCUGCGGGUGGCGUUUGACGGGGACGCCGUCCUCUUCUCGGACGAGUCGGAGCAGAUUGUGAAGGCGCACGGCCUCGACAUGUUCUUUGAACACGAAAAGGCUUAUGAGAACAAGCCGCUGGCCCAGGGGCCGCUGAAAGGCUUUCUGGAAUCCCUGGGGAAGCUGCAGAAGAAGUUCUACUCCAAGGGUCUGAGACUGGAGUGUCCGAUUCGCACCUACCUGGUCACUGCCCGGAGCGCUGCCAGCUCUGGGGCUCGUGCCCUAAAGACUCUCCGCAGCUGGGGACUAGAAACCGACGAAGCCCUGUUCCUGGCCGGGGCCCCUAAGGGGCCGCUGCUGGAGAAGAUCCAUCCACACAUCUUCUUCGACGACCAGAUGUUCCACGUGGAGGGGGCGAAGGAGAGUGGCACCAUCGCGGCCCACGUCCCGUACGGCGUAGCACAGAAGCAGAGGCGGAUGGCGCAAGAGAAACAAACCAAGAACAGCAAGUAGUGUUGCUGGCGGUGACUGCAGGUGCUCGCUGGUUGGGUAGCUACCCAAACCAUCCCUGACCAGGGCACCAUGCGUGGAUUGAUAUCCGGGUCUGCAGGGGCUGAGCGUCUUUGUUGAUUAGUAUUGAAGUUGUAGGUGCCUUGUCCGGGUGGGUUGAAGGAAAGGUUUCCUUUUGCCUAUGUGUGUUGCACUUUAUUGACCGUCUCUGACCCUCCAGCCCCAAAUCACCCCCCAUGCAUAAAGGUCAGAAGGGUCAACCAAUGCCUAAUCCCUCCUCUGCUACCUUUGCUCCUGCGUCUCAGCAUCAGCCAUUGCUGACUUGUGCCACAUUGGCUGUCACCUCAUCUCCACACCUGCCUCAAAACCCUCAUGCCUAAGCCCAGCACCAGCCAUCCUGAUCCUGCUAUGCCUCCUCUGGGGUUCCGGGGCCCAUAAAAACCCAGAGAGGAGCUCACGCUUAAGUUCUGCACCAGAUGUUCUCCACAAAGCUUGGAGAACUUAAACCAAAACCCAGCCAGACUUGAUAAGUCUACAGGAGCGGGGACCUUGCAUUGGACAGGAUCUGUGAGAACCGGGCUCCCCUUCUGUGGAUCUUAUAUUCCAACCCAAUUUAAACUUUUGGUGCUCAUUUAAAAAAAAAAAACAGGGAAAUUCCCAGUCCAAGAACUUUGAUAUAUUAAAAACAAAAAGAAGUCACGACUGACAAUGUGUUUCCGUGGAAUCCAGCUUACACGCAGGAAUAAUGAUCCGCUAUUGUUACAAAACAUUGACAGUUUUAAAUUUUAAACGGACUGGAAAUGUGGUUAAGGGAUGCAGCCAAUUUCCCACCACUGUUGCUGCCCCCACCCAACUUUCAGUUUAUCUGCUCAUGUUUGAGAAAACAGAAACUCUAGAUAGGAAAAUGUCAAGCCCUAUUUCCUAGUCAGCGUUUUGGGCCAAUAUGUGAUGGCCCAAAUUUGGGUGCUACUAUUGGAUACCUAAAUCCAUAAGUGGCACCUGGAAAAAAAGCGUCUCAACCUGAGCAUCUGAAAACUGAGCCACAUAAAAUCAGAAACCACUUUUCAAAGUGUGGCUUCCUGGCCUCUGGACCCAGGCUGGGAAUAUGUGUAAGUUGAAAGACCGUCCCAACCUAUGGUGGGUGAGGGGAGAGAGACAGAUAUUUUCUUGAAAUUGACAAUUACAUCAGCUGAGAAUUUGAGCCUGAGUCUUUCGUUAACCAUAGCAAAAUUCAAGUUUCAUUCAAACCGAGGCCACUGUGCAAUUGAUCGUCCUUCUCCUGGUACUUUCCUGAAGUAGACAGAUGCUGCGUCCUUCUCCUGGUACUUUCCUAAAACCUGUGGUGUCUCCUGAAGUAGACAGAUGCUGCUAACACAGUGGGAAAGAAGUAAAUCCCCAAUUCGGAGAGGUUUCAGAGGGGUAGCCGUGUUAGUCUGAUGAAGUGGGUUCUAGCCCACAAAAGCUUAUUCCCAAAUAAAUGUGUUAGUCUCCAAGAUGCCACAAGGCCUCCUCGUUGUUUUUGCCACUUCAGAAAGGAAUCAGUCAGAGAACUGUUCUGAAAGCCGUGUAUGGAAUUCACUCAACAUUCUUAGUGCAGAUUGGAGGAACGAUAGAAGGUUAAAGAUCAUUUUAAAAAUGACUCCUUCCCUGUGGUGGUGGUCUAGGUAGCACAAGUAGCAAUGGUCAUGGUUAGGAUUGCCUGGCACUUACCAUUAUAAGACCAUGUUUUCAAUUGCUUAUAACUUUACCAAACUUAGACCAUUUCAUUGGGGCUGAAAUUUUCCACAUGAGGUGGCUGCCUUUGGCUGACUUUUUUGCACAUUUUCAGUUAAAAUGGUUCGGCCAUUUCCAAGGAUGAGAUUAGGGCUAGGGUUAUUAUGUAUCAGCUGAAAUAAUAUUAACAAUCAACCAUACGCUUCACCACUUAUCCUGUUGGUUUGUUCCUUGCACUAAAUCCUGCUUGGACAAUGAAAGCACUGGUAAGUUUUUUAUCUUGUUUCUCUGCUCAGUUUCACGUUGAGAUUCACUCUGCUGCCGUGUUGGGGUUGCAGACACCUCAGGGGAAGGUUUUAAAUUCAAACCAAAAAACUUGAAAGAAACAAAAUAUCACAAAACCAUUUCUAUUAAUAUUCAGUUUUAUGAAAAGUAGGAGGAGGUUCGGUUGGGGUCAAAACUGUCUGACAGGGAUCCUUCCAACCAGCCUGUCGGGAUACGUGCAGGGCUUCCUUGUAAACAUCCCCAAGGUGCUUCCUGUAGAUUGGCAUUGACUGACAUCUUUGGAAGUUCUGCCACGUGCAAGCAGUCCAAGUCAGAUCUUCCCCCAAGUCUAGAAGAUGACAUUGCAACAGGAAGUACUAGUUGUAAUGAAGAGCAGAACGGUCUGCUAACAUUUAUGAAAUUGUAUCUGUCUGGGUCUGGGACUUGUUGAAAUAUUGGCGUGGGGGCAGGGGGAGUGUUGUGAUUGAACAUAGCCAUCUGUGUAAGUGUGUAUAUGGGAGAGUGAUUGUAACAGGUGGUCUUUGUGUGUGUGUGUGUGUGUGUUUGAAAGAGAUUGUACAUGGAUGCAUGUGAGUAUUUGUGCGUGUGUGAUAUCAUAUACUUGUGUGUGUCAGAGCGAUUGUACAUGGAUGCGUGUGAAUGUGUGAUAUAUUCUAUAUACGUGUGUGUGUGUGUGUGUGUCAGAGAAAGAGAGAUUGUACAUGGAUGCAUGUGAGUAUCUGAUUGUGUGUGUGUGUGUGUAUGCACAUGUGUGUACAAUAGUGUUACUUGCGGGGGGUGAGUGAGCAAGAGAGAGUAUUUAAAAACAGCACUCUGGGGUAGAGAGAGCUUGUCCCUCUCAAAAGAAACCCCAGUAACAGGGGUUUGACCUGCUGGCCAGCAGACCUCCGGUCUAAGCCGCCUCUAGCUCUGGGAAAGAGCUUGUGCCCAGUUCUGGAGGCGACCAGGGGAAGCACAGACUGUGCGGUGCCAGCACCACGGCCACCAGAGGGCUGCGUGACUUGCACUUUAAUUUUGUUUCCAACACUUAAGACAAAAAGAGAGAACUGCAGAGGGCCAGGAACCAGUGUAUUGAGCAACUCCUGCUUUGCCUCUUCUCAUUCACUGCCAGCACGAGGCAAGUACACCCAGAGCUCCCUUCCCUGCUUGUCCUGGGGGGAGGCCCCAGGAGAUUGUCCCCAAAAUACAGGACUCUGAGAAAUGAGGACUGCCCACUGUAGUGCGUGAAUCCUGCCUGCAUUGAAUGGGUUCAUUGCCCUACUCAUGUUUGACCUUCACUGUACAGUUUUGUCCAUAUUGCUUCCUAGGGUGCCCCAUCAUUGGCUGACUUGGAUUUCACUGCUUUUGUGGCUGGCUUGCUUGUGUCCGUCUGUCAUCUCCUAGGUCGGGAUGGAUUUUCCGUCCUGCCAGCAGCCCCCUUGAAAUGGUCCACCAGGACCCUUAGCUCGUCACACCCUUGGAUGGCUUGGUGGCAUUUCUUGCAGCGAACCAGCUGCUACUGGGCCCUCCUGGCUGUUGUGGUGUUGUGUGGGUUUCACUCCUGUGUCCUCUGAUGGUUUUAUCUGUGAAUGAACUGGUGUAGCCAUGGAAAUUCCUAUGCCUGUUUGUCUGUAAUAAACUACAGCUGGUACUAUU